AUGCAAGUUUCGAGAAUUUUGUCCCUCGGAAUCGUCUAUGUCUGCUACUUGUUCAUCGGAGCUUUGCUUUUUAAGAAACUAGAGAACAAAUUGGUUGGAAACACUUUCUACAAGUUCAACUAUCACGUGCGCUUAUGCAAAUUGCUCAACCACUACGUCGAUACAAUCAGAUCCAAAAACGGAGAUAUAAUCGGGAAUGCUUACUUUGCUAUUGCGAGGAAUAACUGUAGCCAGGAAAUUAUUGAUCGAACGAAUGAAGAAAUGGUUGCAGCUGGGGAAGAAAUUCAUAUCAAAUUCAUCGAUGUUUGGAAACGAGUUGCUAUCCCACUCAAGUUGAACAAAUUUCGAGAGACCGAGUUCGUAGUCCGCGGAGAAGACAUAACCGAGAUGCUUUUGGACACGGUCGAGUUCAGUCUCGUUACUUACGGCGAGUUGGCAAGCAGCUGCUAUAGCAACUGGGACUGGUCGCUCGACAACACGAUUUUGUUCAUGGGUACAGUGGCGACGACGAUUGGAUACGGUCAUUUGGUGCCGAGGACUUUUGCUGGAAGAGUUAUUUGCGUGUUUUUGGCAGUUUUCGCAGUUCCGCUUUUCGCGAUUUUGGUUCAGUCGAUUUCGAAUUUGAUCGACAAAAAACUCAUCACAAUCAUGACGAAAAUCAACCAAAUGCUGAAGCGCCAAAUUAUCAAAAUCCACACGAUGCAAAUGAUCUAUUUCGCCUGCGGAGUGGUUUUCUUCAUUAUCUUGCCCAGUUUCAUUUUCACCGAAAUUGAGGGUUGGACGAUGCUCGACGCAAUUUAUUUCUGCACAAUUACGCUGACAAAAAUCGGGUUUGGCGAUUAUGUUCCUCGAAUGAGCCCGCCUGAUCGACUGGCUACAACUGUUCACAACUCUACCGCUUGUUUGACCGAACUCAUCAUCCCUUCCCCAACUCCUUACAAAGAAGGAAAGGACAAGAUGCCCCUGGAGUGCGAAAAAUCCGUCUGGCCGUGGCACGUGACCAUGUAUUUCGCGAUCUACAGGAUUGGCGUUUUCUUUUGGAUGAUUCUCGGUCUCAGCUUCACUGGAACAUGUAUAACGAUGAUGGUAAAAGGGUUGAACAAUGUGAUCAGGUCUGUUAAAAUCAUCCAAGUUGCAAUCAUAGAGGAAAACAACCAUCUGGAAGCAAAAAUGCCAGAUGACCCGAUUUCUGGCCAGCUUGAUUUCAAGCCGCUGAAAAACUCGGACGAUAAAUCCUUGCCUGAAAUCAACAAGGAGUAUUCCUUGAAUAGCAUUAAUCAACAACUGCUUGCUGAGACACUUUGA